AUGGCGAAAAUGAUAUCGGAAAGAUUAAAUUAUAUUUCGCGGAAUCAACAAAGACUGAGGGCUGAUGACUACAUCCAUCUCAGAGAUGCCUUAAAUCAUGACGCAAAUGUUGACCCAUCAAAUAUCGGUCAACAUGUCAUAUUGCCAUCAUCAUUUACGGGUUCUCCGCGUUUCAUGCACGAGAAAACGCAGGACGCGAUGACGUACGUCCGAAAUUAUGGUAGACCUGACUUAUUUGUCACUUUUACAUGCAACCCCGAAUGGCCUGAAAUUAAAGCAGAGCUGCUACCAGGACAACGGUCUUUCGACCGUCAUGACAUAAUUUCACGUGUGUUUCAUUUAAAAAUGAAGAAAUUCAUCAAAUUAUUUGUCAAAGAACAGAUAUUCGGUAAAGUAAAAUGUUACAUGGCAAGUGUCGAGUGGCAGAAGCGCGGUUUACCUCAUUGUCAUUUGAUGUUCUGGCUAAAAACUAAAAUACAACCAGAUGAGAUCGACAGUGUCAUAGUUGCGGAGCUACCCGAUCAACAAAUUGAUCCGGUACUACACGACAUUAUAACUAAAAAUAUGGUACAUGGACCCUGCGGAGAACAUAAUUUAGCUGCACCAUGCAUGAAGAACGGUGUCUGCACAAAAAAAUACCCUCGGCGUUUCAUUAACGACACCCAGACCGGAGAGGAUGGGUAUCCAGUUUAUCGUAGGCGCGAUACAGAAAAUGGCGGUCGGAGCACUACGUUACAACUCAGGGGCAACAUGGUGACGAUAGAUAAUAGGUGGAUUGUUCCAUACUCCCCUCUACUAUGUUAG